UUAAUGAACAUGAUUCACUAACCCUUAAAAUCCUUACCAAAAGGAUCCGGAGAGGAUCCAGUUGGCUCAAAUAAUUCACCACCAAUCAUUGCACUACGACCACCACCGCCACAUCCACCACUAUUUGUAUGCUCAAACUGCACUCCGCAAAAGUUCUCUCAGUUUACUUCUCACUAUGUGGAACAACCUCCCCUGCGACCUCCUCACCAACAUCUUCUCCUUCCUCUCCGCCGACUCUUUUGCAUGCGCCAAGUCGACAUGCAGACACUGGCAAGCCUGCGCCUCCUCCGCAGCCGGUAACUACCCGUUUUUGCUGCAGAAUCAUCACCCGCCUUGGUUCGUAGCUUUGCCACUGCACGACCAUGGUGCUCUAUGCUGCUGCUACGCCCUCAAUCCAAGUAACAACAACUGGUAUGUUCUCUCCAUGGAUUUCUUACCAGCCCCAGUAAGGUAUGUCGGCCCACUGGACAGCUUCAUCUUGCUAAGGCCCACAGUUUCGACAUUUCUCCAAUUGGGUAUGUGCAACCCUUUCACAAGGCAAUACAAGCCCUUCCCAAAGUUGAACAUCAAAAGGACCAACCCAGCUGUUGGUGUUGUCCCAGUCAGGUCAGUCGCGUCGCCAAACAACUCAUUACUCUGUGAAACAAAUGCUACCUUUCAAAUUUCGUGUUUUAGUUCUAGGGUCUACGUGGCGGGUGGGAUGUCUGAGGCAUCCCGCGGUGGUGCCACGUAUGAGCCUACAUUGGAAAUGUACGAUCCGCAGCUUGACAUGUGGUGGGUCGUCGGGUCAAUGCCGAUGGAGUUUGCUGUGAGGCUAACAGUUUGGACCCCAAAGGAGAGUGUGUAUUGUGAUGGGGUGCUAUAUUGGAUGACCUCGGCCCGGGCGUAUAGCCUAAUGGGCUACGAGAUUGGGUCAAACACUUGGAGGGAGCUGAGUGUCCCAAUGGCAGACAAGCUGGAAUUUGCUGUGCUGGUGCUGCGCAAUGGGAGGUUGACACUUGUCGGCGGUGGAGUGUGCGUUUCGGGUGCUUGUGUAUGGGAACUUGGGGAGGGAGAUAUUUGGGUGUUGGUUGAGAGGGUACCUGGUGAAAUGGGUAUGAAAUUGCUGGGGGCUAGGGGAAGUUGGGCGAGUACAAAAUGUGUAGGUGGUGAUGGGGCUAUUUAUUUGUAUAGAGAUCUUUGGGCAGGAAUGGUAGUUUGGAGGGAAGUUGGGGAUAAGAGUAGGAGUCAGUGGGAAUGGUAUUGGAUUGAAGGGUGUUCUUCAAUUAGAGGAAAACAAGUGAGGAACUUGCAAGUUAAAGGAGUUCUUAUAUACCCUAAUCUUGUACCCUCAUUCAUGUUCUAAUCAAACAAACAUCUCUUUUUGUCC